CUGCAGCGCUUCCUGGUGUCACGUGACGGCGCUCUCCUCUGACUCCUCCCACUCCAUCCCGUCUCCCAAAUACUCCCGGUUUUCCGUUUCCGGCGGAAGCCCCUCCCUGUUAGCCGCUAGCUCCGCAGCCCGGACCACCGCAGCAAAGCCAGGGCGUCGGAGCAGCUAGACUCGGUGAAGAGGACGGUAUGCAUCCCGGGGAGGACCGGCGGGGAGCGCGGUGACCGGACGGAGACCGGACGGAGACCCUAACGCCGCUUUGACCAGUUUUCAGGUCCGUAAAUGCCACAGAACGCUCCGGGAAAACACCGAGCCCACUCCCGGACUCGGACCAUGCCCUCGGGCCUUUCUUUCCUCCACUUCUAGAGACGGAACCACGUAUCCAGAAUGGGCUUUGGUCGGGACCUGAUCAACUCCCACGAGGGUUUGCUGAAGCUGCAGGACUGGGAGCUGAAGCUGCUGGAGACGGUGAAGCGCUUCAUGACGCUGCGGGUGAAGAGCGACAAGGAGUACGCCGCCCUGCUGCUCAGCAUGACGCAGCAGACCGAGAAGCAGGAGGCCGCUGACUACGUCAGCACAGUCAGCAAGUCGUGGUCGCAGGUGAUUCGUCAGACGGAAGCGUUGGGGCGCAUCAUGAGGAGCCACGCCGACGAGCUGAACUCCGGGCCGCUGCACCGCCUCGCCACGCUGAUCCGGGACAAGCAGCAGGUGAAGAAGAGCUACCAGAGUCUUCAUCAGCAGCUGGAGAGCCACAACCACAAGGUAACCAAGAGCGACCUGGAGAAGCUGAAGGCGUCCUACCGUCAGCUGAGCCGCGACGCCAACAGCGCCAAGGACAAGUACCGGGAGGCGCUGUCCAAAGGCCGGGAAGCCGAGCGCGCCCGCGAACGCUACGACAAAGCCACGGCGAAGCUUCACAACCUCCACAACCACUACGUGCUGGCGGUGUGCGGCGCCCGGACGCAGCAGGACAAACAUCGGCAGCAGGCGGCGCCGGCGCUGCUGGACGCGCUGCAGCGGAUGCAGGAGGACAUGACGCUGGCGCUUAAGAGCAUCCUGGAGGAGUACUACGAGAUCAGCAGCCUGCUCACCGAGGAGAUCGUCAAAGUCCAUCAGGAGAUCUCUGCCGCCGUGCAGCAAAUCGACCCGCUUGCAGAGUACCAGCACUUCAUUGACGCCUACAGGUCUCCGGUGCCGCCUGAGGCGAGCGUGGAGUUCGAUCCGUCUUUGCUGGAGGAGACGGAGAACAUGCCAGCGGAUGAGAUCCUGUGGAACACGCUGACAGCGGAGAGUCUGCAGAACAUGCUGUCGGCCAAGACGGAGGAGCUGACGCUGACCCAGAAGAACCUGCAGGAAAAGGAGACCUUGGCCAACGACCUGGAGACCAGGAUCCAGACCAGUCAGCAGAGCGCCGAGAGGAAGAGCGACUGUGUCCUGCUGCUCAGUCAGAAGCUCUCCCUCCUCGAGCUCCGUCAUACCGUCCAAUCACUGCGCAGCUCUGAGGCUUGCCUCCUCUCCCAGAAGGCAUUGCUAGAUGCAAAGAUGGCCGCUGCAGUCGCUUCCCCGCCGCCGCCGCUGCCAGCGCUGCAGUAUGAGGAUGACACUCGCUCGGUCUCAUCAACCGACAAGAUGAAGGAGAAGAGCUCUCGCUUCGACACUCUGCGUCACUCCUUGGCCGGCAUGAUCCGAUCUCCUAAGUCCAUGCUGGGCUCCUCCACCUCGCAGUUCUUUGACGUGAUUCCCACGUCGGAGCGCCCCCUGGCGGAGCAGGAGUGGUACCACGGCGCCAUCCCCCGCACGGAGGCCCAGGAGCUGCUGCGGCAGCAGGGAGACUUCCUGGUGAGAGAGAGCCACGGUAAACCGGGCGAGUACGUCCUGUCGGUGUUUUCUGACGACCAGAGACGCCACUUCAUCAUCCAGUACGCCGACAGUCUGUACCGGUUUGAAGGGACGGGCUUCCCCACCAUUCCUCAGCUCAUCGAGCAUCACUUCUCCACCAAGCAGGUCAUCACUAAGAAGUCCGGCGUCGUCCUGCUCAACCCCGUCGUCAAGGACAAGAAGUGGAUCCUGAACCAUGAAGACGUGGCGCUGGGAGAGCUGCUGGGGAAGGGCAACUUUGGAGAGGUCUUCAAAGGAACGCUGCAGCGCGACAAAGUGCCUGUUGCCGUCAAAACGUGUAAAGAGGAUCUACCUCCAGAGCUGAAGAUCCGCUUUCUGUCUGAGGCCAGGAUCCUUAAGCAGUACGACCACCCCAACAUAGUGAAGCUGAUCGGUGUUUGCACCCAGAGGCAGCCCAUCUACAUCGUCAUGGAGCUGGUUCCUGGUGGAGACUUCCUGUCAUAUCUGAGGAAGAAGAAAGAUGAACUGAAGACGAAGCAGCUCGUUCGCUUUGCCGUGGACGCUGCUGCCGGCAUGGCAUACCUGGAGAGUAAAAACUGCAUCCACAGGGACCUGGCAGCCAGGAACUGCCUGGUUGGAGAAAGCAACGUGUUGAAGAUCAGCGACUUUGGGAUGAGUCGGCAGGAAGACGACGGCGUUUACUCUUCAUCUGGACUCAAACAGAUUCCCAUCAAGUGGACCGCACCUGAGGCGCUGAACUACGGUCGCUACAGCUCAGAAAGUGACGUGUGGAGUUAUGGGAUCCUGCUGUGGGAGACCUUCAGCCUGGGGGUGUGUCCCUAUCCAGGAAUGACCAAUCAGCAGGCUCGAGAACAGGUGGAGAAAGGCUACAGGAUGUCGUGUCCUCAGCGUUGCCCUGACGACGUGUACAAAGUGAUGCAGCGCUGCUGGCAGUACAACCCGGAGGAGCGGCCCAAGUUCUCAGAGCUGCAGCGAGAUCUCGCCGCCAUCAAGAAGAAGUGAGCGGAGCCGGCCACGCCCUCAGCAGCCUCGGUGGGUGGGGCCUGAGUCUGAGUCAGGAAGUGCAGCCGCUUCCUGUCAGGUGGUCCACAGGUGUGCCGUCACCUAGGGAACGGCCAACGCCAUGUAAACACUGCAGACGUAAGCAAUAAACUAAAACGGCUUUAAGUUUCAAAACGUUUUUUUAUAAACACAGAAUGUGAAGAAAUGCCACUAAGCCCCGCCCCUUCCUCUGUUUCCAUGUUACGGCUCUUUUUGUUUAUUUUACCUUUUCUUCUCCUUUAUUUAUUGUUUUAAUUUUUGUUUUUAUUUACGACCACCAGCUAUCAGGCCCCGCCCAGUCUGCCUCUGACUAAUAAAGUUUUCAACAAUCUUCCCCUCUAAAUGCUGCCUUUUGGUCGUCAUGGUAACUGACAAAUCAUGACUGCUGAUUGGUCGGCAUCGUUUCCUGGGCUGUGUGAGCUCAGAGCGCCACCUACUGUCUGAGCAGGUGAACUCCAGUGUUUGGUUGUUUUCAGCACUAAUCGUUUGUCUUUUAUAAACUUGUUAUAAAAAAGUAUAUCAUUUAUAAUGAAAAUAAAUCAUAUGACUGCA